AUUCCUUUGAUCAAAGAAUUGCAUCGUUCCCACUACCACAGUGGAUGGGAGUUCCUCAUUCGUUCGAGAUAGAAUCGGUGUUUGGGCAUCCUCUCGGGGAUGCCUUCACUUCGACAGAUGUGGAUAAGUCAAUAAGUCGGAGCAUGAUGACUUACUGGACGAAUUUCGCUAAAUCUGGAAACCCCAACCUUCCAGAAACACCAGACUUCCAAUGGCCGACGUACAACUCUAUGGAUGAGCGUUUCCUGGUCUUUUCCUCGUCCGGACUGUCCACAGAGCAGGGCAUGAGAAAGCAGCAGUGUGUGUUCUGGAACACUCUCCUGCCGCUGAUCACCAAGAGCGAGGACACCGGCUCUGGCACAACAACUGGGAACGUGAUUAACAGAUGUCCCAAAAAUGGAAGCAGGGUGUCGUUUGCUGUGAAUACGUGUCUCAUUGCUGUACUUGCAGCAUUAGUGAGUGUUUAAACAUGGAGCGAUAUCCUCAAUGUAUUCGCUGAAAAAUCACAAAAUAUUUCCCAAAAAUAGAGGCUCCUCUGACUUAGGGACAAAAACAUAUAUAUGUUCGAUUCCUAUU